AUGAUGGUUAAGUGCGAUCCACGCCACGGCAAGUACAUGGCAUGCACACUCCUUUACCGUGGUGAUGUUGUUCCAAAGGAUGUCUCCGCUGCUGUCGCAACAAUCAAGACAAAGCGCACAAUCCAGUUCGUCGACUGGUGCCCAACAGGCUUCAAGACAUGUGUAUGA